AUGCCAAAGGUCGCUAUUAUUAUCUACACUCUAUACGGUCACACCGCCACUAUCGCUGAAGCUGAGAAGAAGGGUGUUGAAGCUGCUGGUGGUCAAGCCGACAUCUUCCAAGUCCAAGAAACUUUGUCCCCAGAAGUUGUCAAGGCUCUAGGUGGUGCUCCAAAGCCAGACUACCCAAUUGCUACCCAAGACACUUUGACUGAAUACGAUGCUUUCUUGUUCGGUAUCCCAACCAGAUUCGGUAACUUCCCAGCUCAAUGGAAGGCUUUCUGGGACAGAACCGGUGGUCUAUGGGCUAAGGGUGCUCUACACGGUAAGGUCGCUGGUGCUUUCGUCUCCACCGGUACCGGUGGUGGUAACGAAGCUACCAUCAUCAACUCCUUGUCCACCUUGGCUCACCACGGUAUCAUCUUCGUCCCAUUGGGUUACAAGAACGCCUUCCCAGAAUUGACUAACUUGGAAGAAGUCCACGGUGGUUCCCCAUGGGGUGCCGGUACCAUCGCCGGUGCUGACGGUUCCAGAUCUCCAUCCGCUUUGGAAUUGAAGAUCCACGAAAUCCAAGGUAAGACCUUCUUCGAAACCGUCAAGAAGUUCUAA